AUGUCAAGCCGAUUUUUUCAGAAGUACUUUCUGCGAUGUGGUCACUGCCAGUCCAUUCAACGGCACGCAAAAGGAUACAGGCCGAUUCCGAAUCCCAUCCUCUUUGACGCGGAUGCGCAUUGCCGUAGUUACCACCGUGAGCAGCGCGAGUGCACCGGGAUGUCAGGGUAUGUCGUGACGUGCCGUUGCGAGAAAUGCCACCGCAUCCAUUCAUCGUGGGAGGUAGUAGACUUUCAGGAGUUUCUUGACGCGAAGGGCUCGAUGAGCCCCGAGAAACGGAAGGCACUCCUGUGGCCCCCAGCAGGAACUCCCUCCGCGACAAAAAUGUUGAAGUAG